GGGAACUGGAGCGCCUAUGACCGCCUCCCUGGUCCUCAACCCUCGCUGGCCAGCGGACACGGUGAUGUUUGUGUAUGACAACAACUUGGACGAGCUCAACAAGAACAUGGAGGGGCUGGUAGGCGGCGGGAACUUCGCCGCGGCCACUGCGGCCAGCCAGUGCCGCAACAUCAUGGCCCACUCGGCGGCCGCCGCGGCUCUGGGAGGCCACCCGUCCGGCCUGGUGCACUCCUCGGCCGGCUACUCCACCGUGGACGUGUCCGCUUCUAGUUCCAGCGAGACGGCCGCGUCCUCUGGAAAACAGUGUGCGGCCGGACCGUGCCCGGCGGCCGCCGUGCCGCACCAGAGCUCCUCGGCCGCCACCGCGUUGCCCUACAGCUACUUCGGUAACGGCUACUACCCGUGCAGGAUGGGGCGGGGUUCUCUCAAGUCGUGCACGCAGGCGGCCGGAGCCGCGCUCGGCUCGCAGUACAUGGACACACCAGUGAGCUCCGACGAGUACCCGAACCACCGGGCCAAGGAGUUCGCCUUUUACCACGGCUACCCGAGCCCGUACCAAUCCAUGGCCAGCUAUCUGGACGUGUCGGUGGUUCAGACUCUGGGCACCGGGGAGCCCCGCCAUGACACCCUGCUGCCCAUGGACAGCUACCAGCCCUGGGCUCUGACCAACGGCUGGGGGGGGCAGAUGUAUUGCUCCAAGGACCAGGGACAGGCCGGCCACCUCUGGAAAUCCGCACUGGCAGAUGUGGUGGCGCACCAGCACGACGGCUCGUCUUUCCGCCGAGGCAGGAAGAAGCGGAUACCGUACACCAAGGUCCAGCUGAAGGAGCUGGAGAAGGAGUACGCCGCCAACAAAUUCAUCACCAAGGACAAGAGGAGGAAGAUCUCGGCCGUCACCAACCUGUCGGAGCGGCAGAUCACCAUCUGGUUUCAGAACAGGAGGGUGAAGGAGAAGAAAUUCGUGGCCAAAGUGAAGAGCAGCGCGCCGUGA